AGGCUGAAUGAGAAGCUUUCAUAGACGUCUAAUUUCAUUUUCUUUUUAUGAAGUAGAAGAUCACAGAUUACCAGUAACAGAAACUGAGAUGUCUGCAAGCUCGGAAUAUGGGAAAGAUUUUGAAAAUAAAUCAAACCUUUUUAUUCACAAGAAAAUUAACAACAAUGACAGUCCAUUUUCAUAUUUACAAAGUGAAAAAACAUUGAUAUCCUGUUUUGUUGAGCAUCAGAGAAAACACAAAGGAGAAAAGCCAUACUCAUGUUCAGAAUGUGGGAAGUGGUUUAGUCGUAAAAAUAAUCUUGAGACUCAUAAAAGAAUUCACACAGGAAAGAAGCCAUAUUCUUGUACAGAAUGUGGGAAGUUGUUUAUUCAUAAAGAACAUCUUGAGACCCAUAUGAGAAUUCACACAGGAGAGAAGCCAUAUUCAUGUACAGAAUGUGAUAAAAAAUUUACUUUGAAAGCACAUCAUGUUAGACAUCUCCGAACUCACACAGGGGAGAAACUCUUUUCUUGUCCUGAAUGUGAUAAGUGUUUUAGUCAUAAACACAGUCUUCAGAUACAUCAGAAAAUUCACACAGGAGAAAUACCACUUUUAUGUCUUGAAUGUGGCAAAGGUUUUAGAGAGAAAUCAAGUCUUGUGAAACAUCAGAGAUUUCACACAGGAGAGAGGCCCUAUUCUUGUCCUAAAUGUGAGAAGUGUUUUAGUUGUAAAUCGAGUCUUGAGAAACACCAGAGAAUUCACACAGGAGAGAAGCCAUUUUCAUGUACAGAAUGUGGGAAAUGUUUUACUGAAAAAUCAAGUCUGGUGAAUCAUCUGAGAGUUCACACAGGAGAGAAGCCAAAUGCAUGUACAGAAUGUGGGAAAUGUUUUAGCCAUAAAUCAAGUCUUUUGAACCAUCAGAGAAUUCACAAGGGUGAAGAUGUAUGUGUGUAAAUUCCUGAGCAAAAAAUACCAGAUAUCAGGACUUGUGGCACAUCAGAGGGCUCAGUGAGGUGGCAGUCCACUGAAAUGUUGAAAUUGUUGGAAUUUAGCAGGUGUGGAGCUCCAUUGCAGGACCUGCUGCCUAAGGAUGAUUUCUCAUAUAGAAUGUAACGUAAAGGUGUUUUCUAGGACUAGAUAAAUGGCUACUUUCACUGUCCUUGAGUUGAGUAAAGUAUUGGAAUCCUGCCACAUUUACUAUAAUAAAGCAAAACAACAAUAUCAGACAUAACCUAUGGACAGGUGUUUUUCUGUUUCUCAAAGAAAGCAGCCACAAUUUUCCGGUCGUCUGUUAGCUGUACAUGGUCUUAAUGAUUUAAAAAAAACUGAUAAAAAAGCAUAUAAAUGACAAGUUUUAUGGAAUAUUUUUCCACAAAAUUAAGAGAAUUUCAAUUUGCUCAGCUCCUUCUGCUGUAUAACUUGCUGUCUAUAGAUUGCAUCACAUUUUGUGGUGACAGGUUCUCUAUAAAUAUCUGGCUAUAGUACAGAAACUAUUACAGCUACAACCAAAUUCAACUGGGUUUGGACUAAAUGGGCUGCAUCCCAAAAUCCUAUUAUGAGAUUAAAGUAAGGCGACUUUCACACUCGCAUUUGACAGACGGAUACGUUUAGAUAAAACAACCGUCUGCAUCCAUUCAGAACGGAUCCGUUUGU